AUGGCACCUCUGGUCAUUAUCAAUCGGAAUUCCGAGGAGGUGACACCCUACAUAGACAUCAAAUCGGAAGGCCUACGCGACAUCCUGCGUGUGGUGCUGCAUGACAUCAAAGCUAUUAGCCUCAUGGAGGACAAGCCAUCGAUCGAGCAAAACGUCCUCUUCCAUUUCCUCCCAGAGCUCGACAGAUGUGCGGAGAACAUAGACAAUAGUUCGGACCAUGACUCAGCACAUGCGGAGCAUCUCCGCCUGCUCAUCGACCACCUCAAGCACGCAUAUGCUUCUAUCUCGAAGCGUCUCGAAUCGAUGUUGCAGCAUGGUCAUGUUACAUAUGACCUUCUUUGGGCGCUUUUCAAGCCUGGUUGCCAUGUUUAUACCACAUGCCUUGGCACAAAAGAGCCGCGAUGUGUCAGAUUCGACGCGGGGGAAGAGAUGACCCAAAAUGACGAGACGUGGUGGAAUCUCGAGUGCCGAUUCAUUGAUUAUGACGGUGUCAAGUUCGGCGAGGCCGGAAUAUUUCUGCGUGUGGCAAAGUUCCGGGGGUCAAAGCCGAUCGAGAGCCUUGAGGCCUUCCCUCUCCGACAUCACCCAAAUCACGAGCAAGUCCGGAAGGACUUGGUCAAGAGAGGCCAAACGUUUCGGGAUUUGGCUGGUUCGCACACUCGGCACUGUAAAGGCAAAGGAUUCUUCAUGAACAAGGGAAAGACUGUCAAAGUCAACGUGAACAGUCGAGUGGCAGUGGACGCCGCAUUUUUCCAUGAAAUGCAGCCAAACUACUCUCGACCGUCACUCCGCGACCUAGGAGCCAAAGACAAGGAUGGAAUCGCAGUUUUUGACAUAGGUGCGAUACUCAUGGAGGACCGCGAGCGAGAGAAGGAGAAAAUGCAAGGAGACGGUGUGGACGCAGAAAAACUGGGUGAGACCGAUUUCUUGGUCGCCUGCCCAACAGUAUGCUGUUUUAGUUUCAAGGAGAAAAUGUUCUUGGAGUGCGCAGUCAGUGCUCUGAGGGACGUGGAUUGGUCACCCGAAUCGUUCGACUGCCUGCAAAUCCCUUCAGAGAACAAGACACUCCUCUUGUCAAUGGCGAAAACCCGCCUAGGUCUGAUACCGACGGUACCAUUCGAUGACGUGAUUGAUGGAAAGGGCCAGGGACUCAACAUCCUUCUGAAGUAUGUCAGCAAGUGUCUAUACUAUACCGUGACUUGGAGCCUAACUCAUGCUAGUGGCCCACCGGGUGUCGGAAAGACAUUCACGGUUGAGGCAACCUCGGAGUAUUUCAGGCUCCCCCUCUAUUCGAUAUCCGCAGGCGAACUUGUUGUCGACCAUGGAGAUUCUCAUGCACUUGAAUCACAGCUUGAGUUCAUCUUUAAGAUCGCAAAGCACUUCAAGGCUGUACUUCUUUUGGAUGAAGCCGAUGCGUUCAUGGCAAGUCGCACAGAACUCCAUGAUAACCACAAUCGACUGGUAACCAUAUUCUUGCGAAAGCUGGAAUAUUAUCAGGGAAUACUGUUCUUAACUUCGAACCGGGGUAUCCAGUUUGACGAUGCAAUCUUGAGCCGGAUCCAUUUAACCAUCGAGUACGAAAAUUUGACGAAAGAGUUUCGCAAAGAUCUCUGGUCGACUUUUCUGUCCAAGGCAUGUACGAUGCAAGGACCCGCGCUAGUUGAGGAGCACGACCUCCGACGGCUGGAGUCUCUAGCUCUGAAUGGACGAGAGAUCAAAAACAUCGCAGCAAUUGCACACGCUCUCGCUGAGGCUGACGUCAACCAGGUGAACUACAAAUUCUUGGAGUUAGCUGCGGAAUCGAAUAAGAAAUUUUCGAAGGAGUUCGGUCAACAGGGGAUGGUUGACGGGAUGUAUCUCUAG